AUGAAGCGCAUCAGCUGCGUCGACCUGCCUGCCCUCGAGGUCGAGAACGAGCUCCACCCGCGCAAGCGCAUCUCGCAACUCCGCCACCGCAGCCUCUCGGCCGCCGACCUGGCACGGAAAGCGCGCGUCGACGAAUGGAUCGCCGAGCUCUACGACACGCCGCAGCCCCAAGACGAGCUCUCGACCUUGCUCCAGUGUCCGACUACGACACCCUUCGAUCUCAACGCCAAGGGCAAGGACUUCGACGCGGGCAUGCAGCUCGAGCUUCUUAACUUUUGGCAGCACUCGUGGCUGCACGACGCGACCGUCGACGAAGCACCGCGCCUCUGCUAA